AUGUCUGUCAGCAAGAAGUACGCUGGCUUGCCAGAUCUGGACGCUGCCCCCGAGGUAUAUGAAACGCCAGAACUAGCAGACGACGUCUCCACGCUGCCAACAGGGACAGUGCGCACGGUCUCACCCUCUCCUUCCGACGACGACGAAUCCCGUCCUGGGCUUGAUCGCCAACCCAUCGACCGGGACGGUGCACGGCGGAGGUUUGAACCUUCCGUCGUGGACGCCCGGGAUGUCGACUUCUCAGACUCGGUGGCCGGCACGAGACGCGCAUAUCGAACUCGCAGUGCUCGACGGAGGAGACGGUGGCUCCAAGGAAACGGCAUUGAGGAGGGUGGUGAUCUCAGUGACAGUGAGGAGGAGACGCUGGCCACAAAACUGGCCAGACUGAAGAGAGAGGCGGAGGAGGUCAGGUUAGAACUGGAGCGGAGGGAGAGAGAAAAAGAGCAAGAGAAGGACGAGGAUGGGGAGUUUAAGGAUAGUCUGGAGGAGCAGCAGCAGCAACAACAACAACAACAGCACCAAGGAACUGGCGGUGCCGGUGUUGGUGCUGAGCACGACGACGUGGAUGUGGAUGGUGUCCGGGAACUCAGUCGACUGCUGGACGGGUUGAGCAUGAAGGCCAAACUGAAGACCGGCACUUCAGCGGAGGACGAAUUCCUGUCGAAAUUAAGCUCGAGUUCACUGCACGGCCAGCGACAUCCGCAGAAAGACACCAGCACAGUGUCGUCGAAUGCAGCAGCAACACCAACGGCAGCACCGACGACUCUCUCGUCUGUGGCCGCUUUCUCCGAUCGGCUCACCGCGCUGGAAUCCGCCCUGGGCGUCUCCUCGAUAAGUGCAGCGUCUCAGACUGGCGCCAUCCUACCGACGCUGGCGAGCCUAUCCACACAAGUCACCACCCUAUCCGCCACACUCGCACCACAAUCAACCAUGUCAGGAGAGACCUUGUCCACGUCUGCAUCGCACACCAACACGGCCCUCCUGGAUACCGUCUCUGCCAAACUCAAGACUCUGAUCGCCGAGUCCGACCGCCUGGCCGCCUCCCGCAAACAAGCCCUCGCCUCGCUCGCUGACCUGCACGACAAACGGAUGCAACAACUCGUCUCGACGACCGUGCACUCCAACACCCGCCCGCGCCUUCGAGGCCUGUCGACCACGAGUAGUGCUGCCGCCGCCGUCAUCAGCGCGCACGCCAACGAAAACAAACAAGGAGAAAUUACCGCCGCCGCCGCCGGCCCCGGGGAGGAAUCCCUGCAGAUCCAGAGCAAGCUGUUCCUGGACGAGCAAUCCUCCAAAAUCACCGCGCUGUACAACGUGCUCCCCACCAUUCAGAACCUGCAGCCCCUGCUGCCGGUCGUGCUGGAGCGGCUCCGGACGCUGAGCGUGAUUCACAACGGCGCCGCCCAGGCCAAGGGCCUAGUGGACGAGCUGGAACGCCGCCAGGGGCAGACGCGGGAGGAGAUUGCCCAGUGGCGGGCGGCCGUCGAGGCGGUGGAGAAGGGCAUGGGCGACUUGGAGGCGGUCAUGAAGGAGAACGUCGACGUUCUCGGGGGCAGAGUGCGCGAGAUGGAGGCGCGGAUUGAUCGCUUAGAGGGCCCCGGCGCCAGGUGA